UCCCGACUACAAGCAGGGUGCCACCGGACUCUGUCGACAAUGUCACGCAAAAGAAAGAAGCAGGAAGACGAUGCCGGCGAGAGGAAACAGAGGAAGGUCGACGACUCCUACAACGAGGACGAGAUGAACACUAUCUACAACAACCCGAAACAGUUCCAGGGCGUGAUGCGGAAGUACUGGGCGCAGCGCCACAACCUCUUCUGCAAGUACGACGAGGGGAUUCUUCUCACCAAGGAGCUGUGGUUCAGCGUGACCCCGGAGCGGAUCUCCAAGUACGUGGCCCGAGCCAUCUACGAGCAGUUGGCGGCGGCCCGGGCCCGGCAGGCCCAGCCGGCCACAGACUCCCCGUUCAGGAUUCUCGACGGCUUCUGCGGCGGCGGCGGCAACAUCACGCAGUUUCUGCAGUACCCGGACUGCGUCGUGUAUGCGGUGGACAACAACCACCGCCACCUCGAGUGCACCAAGAACAACGCGCUGGUCUACUGCGGCAGCGAGAGCGUUGACGAGCGCUUGCGACUGCUUCCGAUGGACUGGAACUACGCCGACCCCGACGCACCUGCAGCCGCAGCCGACGACCCCGACCACUCCGACUCCGACUCCGACUCCGACUCCGACUCCGACUCCGACGACCACGACCUCGAAGACGCAGUCUACGCCUCACGCAGCCAGUCUCUCCGCUCCCUGCGGGAGCUCGCCGCCCUCCGCUUCGACUGCGUCUUCGGCUCGCCGCCCUGGGGAGGCCCCGAGUACAUCAAAGCAGACAAGUACAACCUCGACUGCCUCCAGCCCUUCGACCUCACCAAGAUGCUCCUCGUUCUACGCACAUACAGCGAGUUCGUGUGUCUUUUCCUCCCGAAGAACAUCGACAUCGAGCAGCUCGUCGCCGCCACCCGCGAAGCGUAUCUACAGCAUCCACCGCAGUCCCUUGGCGGCGGCGCCAAGGUCAAAGUCAAGGUCAAGGUCGUCCACAUGUUCACCUUCCAACGGGAGAAGGGGGUUCUUGUUACAUGGUCUGUCGAGACUUGACAAGCCGAGCCGAGCCGCCGUCGCGACGGCGACGCGUCGCUGUUACCCGGCCGCUGCUGCGGUGACCCGCAGAGUUUUUUUUUUCGCCCCUUUUUUUUCUUCGUUCUCGCACAGAAAAAAAAAGUGGAAAAAUUUUUCAGUCUCCUCCCCCGUCUUUUCUUUUAGGCUCUCGGUAUUAAAUAAGUGCUUCUUUUCUCCCUGAGUGAAAUCUUUCUGUUUCCUUUCUUUUCUAAAUCCUUUUUCCUCUCUUCUUCCCCUCUUCUUCUUGGGUCUUUUGGUUUUGGAAGGUUUUUUUUCUCUCUCCUUCUAGUAGAACAAAACUAAUAAAUACAAAAUGGGUAAAGAUAAGCAACACGUUAACGUCGUCGUUAUUGGUCACGUCGAUUCCGGUAAGUCUACUACCA